CUUCUGCAACAGCUAGUGUUUUGUGUAGUCGCUGACGAAGCUAUUCUGAUCAUCAUGCGUAUGUUAUGUGUCCAAAACUUCAUCAAUGGAGAGUUUUUGUCUACAGAUAACUACAUUGACAGUUAUAAUCCGGCGACAGGCGAUGUUUGGGCGCAGAUCCCAGACAGUGGGAGAGAAGAAGUUGGAACCGCAGUCCUGGCAGCUAAGCAAGCAUUCACAGGCUGGUCACAAACACCUGUAGAGGAACGUUCCAAGAUUGUGAACAGGAUAGCUGACAUUCUUGAGACCCGAAUUGAUGAGUUUGCCGAGUUAGAGUCACAUGACCAGGGCAAACCAGUCUGGUUGGCUAAAGCCAUGGACAUCCCUCGAGCUGUCCAUAACUUGCGAUUCUUUGCUUCAUGUAUUCUCUAUGAUCUGAAUAGAUCCAAUGUAAUGGACAGUGCUGAUGCUGUCAACUACACCAUCAAGCAGCCAGUGGGUGUGGCAGGCCUCAUCAGCCCCUGGAACCUGCCUCUGUACCUCCUCACAUUCAAACUGGCUCCAGCAGUCAUAACUGGCAAUACUGUAGUGGCCAAACCCAGCGAGAUGACCUCGGUGACUGCGUUCAAACUGUGUGAAGUCUUCAAAGCUGCAGGUCUACCUCCUGGAGUUAUUAAUUUCGUGUUUGGCUUGGGAUCCAAAGCUGGGGAGGCAAUUGUGACACACCCUGAUGUCCCCAUCGUGUCAUUCACUGGGGGCACGGUCACAGCAGAAAGACUCCGUAGGGCUGCAGCACCACUCUGCAAAAAACUGUCCCUGGAGCUUGGAGGCAAAAACCCAGCUGUUAUAUUCAGUGAUGCAGACCUGGACAAGUGUAUACUGACCACCAUCAGGUCUAGCUUCCUCAACCAGGGGGAGAUUUGCCUCUGCACCAGCCGGCUGUAUGUCCAGCAGGACAUCUAUCAGGAGUUUGUAGCAAGAUUCUUCCAGGCAGCCAGUGAGCUGGUUGUUGGAGAUCCUAAAGAUGUCAACACUUUCACCGGUGCCCUCAUCAGCAAGGAACACCUUGCAAAGGUCAAGGGGUAUGUGGAGAUUGCCAGGUCAGAUGGAGCCACAGUCCUGUGUGGGGAUGGUGUGAAGGAACUGGAUCUGCCAGAGAAAUGCAGAAAUGGCUACUUCAUGAGGCCAACCGUCAUCACAAACGUCACUGACGAUUCUCGCCUCAUGACAGAAGAAAUCUUCGGCCCGGUGGUCUGCAUUGUACCAUUCGAGACGGAAGAAGAGGUUGUGCGGCGUGCUAACAGUGUGAAAUAUGGUCUGUGUGCAACUCUCUGGACCCAAAAUCUCAGCCGAAUGCACCGGAUAGCUCAGAAGUUACAGGUUGGGACUGUGUGGGCCAAUUGCUGGCUUGUGAGAGAUCUUAACAUGCCCUUUGGUGGAACAAAGGAGUCCGGCAUUGGACGAGAGGGAGCCAAAGAGUCCCUCGAGUUCUUCACAGAGGAGAAGACAGUGUGCGUCAAGCUGUGAAUGUUACAGGGACUAAAACAAGAGAUUAAUGGUUGUCUGGACAAGAACAUGGAAGUUUCAGAGAAGCUCACACAGAAAUGAGUUUUUGAAAUCAUGCCUGAAAAUAGAUAGGCAUACAUAUCCAAAGUUAUCAUUACUUUAUCAUUAAUAAAUCAUUACUGUAAUGAAAGAUGGAUGUUCUUAUUGUUACGGUAAUUGUUUUAUUGUUAAUGCUGCGUUCAUGUAUUCAUGAAGAUUAGUUAUUGUUCAUGCACAGUGUCUUAUGACACAGUGGUACGUCGACAUCUUGAGACCUUUGAUGAGUUCACGUCUAUAAACAGCCAUGGUACCAAAUGCCUUCUUUUACCCCUGGAAGAUAUGACUGCUUGAGGACAAAGGGACCACAACUGAUGUGCCUAAUGUUUGUUUUAUAUUUUGGCUAGCAGGGUACUUACAUCGUUCUGCACAUUCCAGUAAACAGCUCAGGAGUAUGGGCACACAUUGUCCUGUGGCUGGUCAGUUGACCAAGUGCACUGUUCAUGGGUUUGAAGGCUGUAGUCACCUCUUGAUGCUCAUUGUAGUUGACAUUGUGUACAUGAUACUGAGAAUUGUCUAUAACACUAUUUGUCUAUCUGUGUUGCAGGCUUUACUAUGUGAUGUCCCUUGCUACUCAAGAGAGUUCAUAUGAGUGCAUGUGAUAAUUUUGCUUGUGAAAGGAAAUUAAUUUUUGGUAUCGGUUUUGGGAGGAUGAUUGUUUUGUUUUCUUCUGUGUGUGUGCAUGCGUGCAUGUGUGUGUGCAUGUAUGUGUGUGGGAUGCGUGUAUGCACAUGUGUGAGAGUGAGUUAGUGAUUAUCUCCAUGCGUGUUUUGUUUUUGAUAAAUAUUUUGUACCUUAUUGACUUUUUAUUCAUUGUGUACAUGCAUCCUGUAUUUUCUACAUUUUGAUUAUGUAAUAUCCCGGUAUUAUUUUCUACAUAGCAUACUGAUGUAAAUAUUUCAAGCUGCCAGUUUAUAUUUUGUGAAAUAUUAAAAUAAAAAAAAUAAUAAAUAAAUGAUAUUUUGUUUAUGUAAGUUUAUGUUUCAUUUGAUGCCAUUAAAGAUAAUGUGAAUCACUA